UUUUUUUUUGUUUUCUUGGCUCUCGCAAAGUUUGCAACUUUUUUGGUUCUUCGUGUUCCUUUUGCUCCUUUUUUGUUUCUCUCGGGAAUGCGAGCUGGGAGCGACCGGAUUUUGUUUUUCUCUCGCACCCUCUUUUGCUGGGGGGUUUUCCUGAGUCGGCUCUCUGAUUUUUUUGGUACGGGCGGGCAUGGGGAGAGGGAAGAUUGUGAUCAGGAGGAUCGACAACUCGACGAGCAGGCAAGUGACCUUCUCGAAGCGGAGGAACGGGCUGCUGAAGAAGGCGAAGGAGCUCGCGAUCCUGUGUGACGCCGAGGUCGGGGUCAUCAUCUUCUCCAGUACUGGCAAGCUCUAUGAUUUUGCCAGCAACAGCAUGAAAUCAAUAAUUGAGAGAUACAACAAAUCAAAAGGGGAUCACCAUCAGCUGGGAAAUCCAACUUCUGAAGUUAAGUUUUGGCAAAGGGAAGCAGCAGUGUUGAGGCAACAACUGCAAAGCUUGCAAGAAAAUCAUAGGCAGAUGAUGGGAGAAGAGCUCUCGGGAUUAACUGUCAAAGAUCUACAGAAUUUGGAGAACCAACUGGAAGUGAGUCUUCGUGGUGUCCGCAUGAAAAAGGACCAAAUACUAAUGGAUGAAAUACAAGAACUCAACAGAAAGGGAAGUCUCCUUCAUCAGGAAAAUGUGGAGUUGUAUAAGAAGGUAAACCUCAUUCGUCAAGAAAACAUGGAAUUGUAUAAGAAGGUUUAUGGAACAAGAGAUGUGAAUGGAACAAACAGAAAUCCUCAGACAAAUGGGUUAGAAAUUGGAGAGGACUCUCAUGUACCUGUCCAUCUCCAACUUAGCCAACCACAGCAACAAAACUACGAAAGUACAGCACGAGCCACAAACUUGGGCAGACUACAGCUGCACUAGCAAGGAAGCAUCAACUGCCACGGAUCAGUUAUAUUCAACACCAGGCCAGCUUACCAAAGUUAAGCUUUUAUAACUGAGAUGUGGUACAUCACACAUUAUGAAGUGAACAAGCUCUAGUUUGAGAU